ACCAUUGAUCAUUCUGAGUUUCGUUUUUUUUUUUUAUCAUAGAAAAUUAAAUUGAUCAAGUCAGUUAUGGACUCGUCUCCACCUGCAGAGACUUUUCAUUUUGCUGUUAAUAUUAACCGCGCCACAGUUGAUCAUCAGAACAGGCCUGAUGAGAUGGACUUUUUCGCGAAUAAUAAAAUUCGAGAUGAGAAUGAGCAGUCCAAGGUGACGGAUAACACGAGUGAUGCUGAUAAUCUUAGAGGCUUCUCUCCUCCUGCAGACUUGGAUUCCAACGUCAAUACUGGUCUGCAUCUUCUUACGACGAACACGUGUAGUGAUCAUUCGGUAGUGGAUGAUGGAAUAUCUCCUAAUGCAGAAGACAAGAGAUCGAAAAAUGAGGUAGCUGCACUUCAGGCAGAUUUGGAACGUACCAACAUUGAAAAUCGUCGACUGAAGGACUUGCUGAAUCAAGUGACAAACAAUUACAACACGCUCCAGAUGCAUCUGGUGACAAUCACGCAACAGCAAGGUCAGAAAGGAGCUGAUCAAGAACUGGAACAAUUCAGUGAUCAUCAGCCUAAUAGCAAAGCUGAAGUAGCAAGACAGAACAGUAGUGCUGGUAUGGUACCUAGACAAUUCAUCAAUCUGGGACUAGGAGGCCAAAUCAGUGGGGAGACGGAUCGUGCCUCUUCACCUGAGCGCGGUGAUCCAAGUAACACGGAUAAUUUGUCUAAAGAGGAUGAUGCGGAUCCAGGAUCACACAACAUGUGGAUGGGAGGGAAUAAAGUGUCUAGGCUAAAUCCUCCCAAAAGCGUUGAUGAAGCCACAGAGGCGACAAUAAGGAAAGCUAGAGUCUCGGUUAGAGCACGAUCAGAAGCACCUAUGAUGACGGAUGGGUGUCAAUGGAGAAAAUAUGGGCAAAAAAUCGCCAAAGGAAAUCCAUGCCCUCGAGCUUAUUACAGAUGUACCAUGGCUGCAGGAUGCCCAGUUAGAAAGCAGGUACAAAGAUGUGCUGAAGAUAGAAGCAUCCUCAUAACAACAUAUGAAGGCAAUCACAACCACCCUCUGCCUCCAGCCGCGAUGGCAAUGGCCUCCACAACAUCAUCAGCAGCACGAAUGCUACUCUCCGGAUCAAUGCCAAGCGCAGAUGGUAUCAUGAACCCCAAUGUACUUGCCAGAACUCUCCUCCCCUGUUCCAGUAGCAUGGCCACUAUUUCCGCUUCUGCACCAUUUCCAACAGUCACUCUAGACUUGACACAAAAUCCAAACCCCUUGCAACUCCAAAAGCCACAAAACCAGUUCCAAUUACCCUUCAACAAUACGCAACAAAAUCCCCUGUCAGGCGUCUCCCCUGCUGCCCUGCUUCCUCAAAUAUUCGGCCAAGCGUUAUAUAAUCAAUCAAAAUUUUCUGGCCUACAAAUGUCUCAGGAUAUGGAAGCUGGCACGUCGCAAUUAGGCCAGCAGGCUCCUCCACUAGACCACUCAUUGACGGACACUGUCAAUGCACUUACGACGGAUCCAAAUUUUACUGCAGCUCUAGCCGCGGCCAUCUCAUCCAUCUUUGGUGGAGGAUCUCAUCCAAAUGGAAGUCCUUCUAGCAAUGUGAAUGUGUCACAGUCAACUACCAGCAACAACAAUGGAGGGUAACUAGUAGCAACAAUACUAGCAAGUAUGGCAGCACUAGACUUAGCAUUCCAAGCUUUUAGAGGAUCAAUGAGGGUUGAUUAUUUUGUCAUUUCAGUUAUCGCUGAAGAAAUGGAGAAGUUAACAUAAAAGCUCAUUUUGUGAUCAAUAUUUUGGUUAAACUUGAGAGAGAGCGUUUCUUUAUUUUAUUUUUUUCCGUUCUUUCUUGUUUGAAUAAUGAGAUCCAAACUGAAAGCCCUUUUAAAUUG